CAAGGUAACAAGAGCACAAAGGCGGAGUUAUAAAAGUUUAACUAGUGGUGGAUAGGGGCGGUGGAUUUUCCCAUGUUGGAGUUAACGGAAUGCUGGUUAUUCUACCUCAUACAAAGACGGGGAAACUUGAAGCACAAAUUCUACAAUCAGAAUGCUACUUUCGAAUUACACCUGCCACGGGGACAUAACUUUUAGCCACGCGCAAUAAGAAAAAACGAUAUUCUCAUUAGAUAUACUCGUGUAAAUUGUGCAUUUAAAAAACGAUUGGUAGCCUAUGUAAAAGAUGUCUGAGACAUCUUCAGUCAACUCUGGGUCCAGCCAGCGACUCUUACAGCUGUCUCUGAAGGGUGAAUGGAUUGCGCUCGAGCAAACAAUCAAAGGGUUGGACAAGGGAGACCCAGAACUAACCGUAAUCGAUGAGGAGUCUGGCUUGAGUCUCCUGAUGAUUGCAGUGAGGGAGAACCGCCUGUCUGCAGUAGACAGACUACUGGAGUUAGGAGGCAGCCCUAGUGAAAGGACAAAGGAUGGCAGGACUGCAUUGCAUGUAGCUGCAGCACACUCCAAGGAAGACAUUGUGAAGCUCCUGGCCAGAAAGGCAGAUCCUGACUCACUAGGAGGGCCCAAGGACCAGCUACCUCUCCACUUUGCUGCCUCCCGAGCCACCCCAUCCCUCGGUACCAUCCAGACACUGCUAAAAUUCUCCAGCAAAGAGGCCCGGCUCGUACCAGACAAGGAUGGCUGCAUUCCACUGCUCUUAGCCGUCGAAGCCGGGAAUGUUGGAAUCGUUAGGGAGCUCCUUGGAACUCUAUCUGAGCCUCAGCUUAGGGCUCAGAAAACAGAUGGCAGCACCCUGAUGCAUGUGGCCUCCCAGUGUGGACACCCAGAGACCGCCCUCACCUUCCUGAAGAAAGGGGUCCCACUGCACAUGCCCAAUAAGUCAGGUGCAAUGUGUCUCCAUGCUGCAGCCAAGCAAGGUCACACAGCUGUAGUGAAGUCUCUUCUCCUGAAGGGGGCACACGUGGACAGCACCACUAAAGACGGCCUGACGGGCCUACACAUCGCUGUGCAGAACUGCAAGCCCCUCGUGGUGCAGAUGCUACUGGGCUUUGGGGCUCAGGUCCAACUCAAUGGAGGCAAGGCCCAGGAGACCCCGCUGCACAUCGCUGCCAGAGUGAAGGAGGGGGAAAAGGUGGCUGAGAUGCUGCUGAAGAGUGGGGCUGAUGUCAACGCAGAGCAGGAGAAUGGGGAGACGGCAAUGCAUGUUGCUGCUCGCCACGGUGGACUGCGUAUGAUGAGAGCCCUGAAAGAGGAGGGAGGAGACCUCACCUGGAGAUCUAAGGCUGGAGAGAACCCUCUCCAUGUCGCUGUGCGCCACUGUCAUGCCCAUGUGGUGGAGGACAUUCUCACCUAUCUGACCAGUGAGAGAAGCCGUGAGGAAGCCCAGUGCUGUGUGAGCCAGGGGAACAGGAAAGGGGAGACAUCGUUGCACUUGGCUGCUGAGCUGCAGAAGGAGAGUGUCCACAGAGAAGGAGAAGACGUACACAUUAUCAAGACUCUGAUGGAAUAUAACGCAGACAUCACUGCAGCAACCAGAGAGUCCUGUGAGACUCCCUUUCACUACUGUGCCAGAGUGGGCAACACUGACGUCCUACAGGAGAUGCUCAACAGUGUUCCCUCCAGUCGCCUGCAGAUGGCAGUCAACAAGCACUCCAAGAAUGGCUGGUCCCCGUUGUUAUUGGCUUCUGAGAGAGGUCACACAGAAGUUGUUAGAAUCCUGCUUCAGAACCACGCCAGGGUGGACGUCUUUGAUGAGGACGGCAAGGCAGCUCUCCACUUGGCAGCAGAGCGGGGCCACGAGGACAUUGCUGACAUUCUGCUGUCCCAUAAGGCCUUUGUGAACGCCAAGACCAAGCUGGGCCUCACUCCACUACACCUGGGGGCCCAGAACGGCUCUGCCAGCCUGGUCAGACAACUGGUGGAGACACACCUGGCCAGCAUCGACGCUCUCUCUCUGACUAAGCAGACUCCUCUCCACCUCGCUGCCAUCAGUGGACAGCUGGAUGUGUGCAGCAGCCUGCUGCAUCUCAGAGCAGACAUCACUGCCACAGACAUACACGGCCAGACGCCCCUCCACCUGGCUGCAGAGAACGACCAUUCUGAGGUGGUCAAGCUGUUCCUGAAGCACCGUCCAGAGCUGGCCACCCUGGCCAACGUGGAGGGGGCCACCUGCACCCAUAUCGCUGCGGCCAAGGGCAGCCUGGCCGUCAUCAGGGAGCUGCUCAAGUUCAAACAGGGGGGAGUGACCACGCUGAGUAACAAGACCAAUGGCUCCUGUCCUCUGCACCUGGCGUCUGCUGGGGGACACACCGAGGUGGUGAAGGUCCUCCUGGAGGCUGGGGCGUCUGUAGCUGAAGAGGACGCAGAAGGGAUGACAGCCAUUCACUUGGCAGCCAAGAACGGUCACACACACAUCAUGGACGUGCUGAAGGGAAGCAUCUCCUUUAAGAUCACCAGCUCCAAGACAGGGUUGACUGCGUUGCAUGUAGCAGCCCGUUUUGGUCAGGUGGACUUUGUCUCAGAGAUCCUUACCAAGGUGCCGGCCACCAUGCGCAGUGACAUCCCAAACAGUAACAGUAGGGAGGGAAUACCAGUGCAGCAGCCCCCUUCAGAGUCAGGAUACACUCCCCUGCACCUGGCUGCCCAGUCUGGCCAUGAGAGUGUGGUGAGAUUGCUGCUCAACUCCCCUGGUGUACAGGCAGACAAAGUGACAGACAUACAGGGCUCCACCCCCCUUCACCUGGCAGCCCAGAGUGGUCACAUGUCUGUGGUGGGGCUGCUGCUGAGCCGCUCCAGCUCUCUGCUGCACCUGAGGGACAAGCAGGGCCGCACCUGUCUGCACCUGGCCUCCGCCAGCGGCCACGUGGCCAUGGUCAGAGUGCUGCUGGGCCAGGGGGCCGAGAUCAACCACACCGAUCUAGGUGGCUGGACCCCGCUCCACUACGCAGCCAAAGCAGGCUGUCUGGACAUGGUGCGGUUCCUGGUGGAGAGUGGGGGCGUCGGCCAGUAGAGUGCCAAGGGGGGACGAACACCACUGCAGUACGCUGCCGGAGAUAACCACCAGGAGGUUAGCUUCCUGCUACGACGACAAGAGAACAACAUACUGAGACUGCUGGAGGACAGGAAGUUUGUGUUUGACCUGAUGGUGUGUGGGAAGCUGAACUCCAACACUACUCUGGAGGAGCUAGUUCUUCACUCCGCUGCUCCCUUGGACACGGCCGUGCGUCUGUCCCGAGCCCUGGGCCUGGCCGCCCUCAGGGAGAAGGAGCGCUACGUGGACCUCCAGGCGGCAGCCCACCACUGUGAAAGCCUGGCCUCCGACCUGCUCAGCAUGGCCUCGACCGGGGGGAGGGGAGCCGGCGCCGUACUCAGGGCGGUGGACCAUAGAGGGGCCAGCGUGCUGGACUGCCUGAUCGAGGGGAGGCAGAAGGGAGUGGUGGCCCACCCGGCUGUCCAGAAGUACAUGACGGAGGUGUGGUAUGGCAGUCUGCAGUGGGACUCCUGGAGGAUCCUGCUGCUGUUUUUUGGCCUGCUGCUCUGCCCUCCACUGUGGCUGUUCCUCUCACUGCCUCUCAAACACAGGUUCAACACCAUCCCCAUCGUGAAGUUCAUGAGCUACCUGGUGUCCCACGUCUUUCUCCUGGCCCUCUUCAUCCUCACCAUCGCCUACCCCCCGCUGAAUCCCAUCCACCUGGGUCACCUGCUGCCUGGAUGGAGUGAGUGGCUGCUGCUGGCCUGGCUGGGGGGCAUGCUGGUGUCUGAGCUCACCCAGCCAGGGGAGCGCCACGGCCUAGCCUGGAUCCGAGUGCUUGUCCUGGGCUUCUCCGCCGCUGCCUUGCUCUGCCAUCUCCUGGCCCUGGUUCUCCAGCUCUGGCCCCCCUCCCAUCUCCACUGCCUUUUCACCCGGAACGUCCUACUAGCCGUGGCCAUGACUCUAGGCUUCAUCCAGCUGCUGGAGUUCCUGACCUUCCACCACCUGUUCGGCCCCUGGGCCAUCAUCAUCAGUGACCUGAUGAAGGAUCUGGGAAGGUUUGCCGUCAUCCUGGCGCUCUUCCACACCGCCUUCACCAUGAGCUUGUGUGCCGUCUACAAUGCCACCUUUGUGAAGCCGGAGACAGCAGGCCACACCCCUCGGGAGGUGUCGGUCCUGCUCUUCUUUGCCCUUUUCGGCCUGACGGAGCCUAAAGAAAUGCCUACGUUAGUGGGCUCGCCCCCGGCUGCCGGCGUGGUCGCCCAACUGGCGUUUGGCAUCUACCUGGUGGUGACGGUGAUCGUGCUGAUCAACCUGCUCAUUGCCAUGAUGAGUGACACCUACCAGCGCAUUCAGGCCCGCUCGGACACUGAGUGGAAGUUUGGCCGGGCCGUGCUCAUACGGGACAUGAGUAGGAAGUCGGGCACGCCGUCUCCAUUCAACCUCUUCACCAACCUCUUCUUCUUCGCCAAGGUGCUUUGCAAACAUGGAGGUAAGAUCUGCUCUACAGAGGGCCGGGACCUGAUGACUGAAGAGGAGGAUGCAGAGGGUCUGCCUGGGCCUGACCCCCGCUCUCUGGACAUACCAGCUCAUACCUCCCUGGGCUGGAUGAGGACCAACAAAAGGACACAGAUUCUACCUGAGGAUGGCCAGGCCCAGCCCCUCCCCUCCAGCUCCAGGCUGGCUGGCCAGGUGCGCGUGGAGCAAGUGACAGACUGGGCUGUGGUAGUCCAACGCUACCUGGCGCUGAGAGGACAGGGGGACAGAGCCAUGCAGGAGAGGGACCCUGGUACUGGCCCUGCCCAGCACCCUGACUGAUCCAGUCCAUCCAGAACCAGGACUCAGUAUCUCUGACUAACUCACCCACACUUGACUUAUUAGGCUGUAUCCUGAUUCUCCACCUUUCUCCCACAGUAUGCUCUUGCACACUUUCUGUCAUGGAUUUAACAAUAUUGGAAGCUCCUUCAAAUGAUUUAUCCAAUCCAAUGCUUUUAAAAUCCAUGUCAGAAAGUCUAAGUGCACACUGUGGGAGAAUGGUGGAGAAUUGGGAUGCAGCCUAAGAGCUUUACCCAGCAGUAUCCUUAGGACCUUAGCCAAGCCUUGUCGGGACCCAGCAUCUUUAGGAGCCUGCACACAGCUUAGCCCGACUCCCAGGACCCCAGCCUUGACAUUAACAUGAGCCUUGAAUACUUACUGGACAGUAUGACUCCAGCCCUGCCUUACCAAUGGCCCAAUUCUGCCAUGGCCUACUACAUCACAGCAACAACCUGUGAAACAGAACUACUAGCACCAAACACACUGCCUUUAUUAUCAGCUGUCCGUGUAUACAUUACUCUCACUCACAAUUGACCUGAUUGUCCACAAUGGUAAAUAACUUGUGAUCCAGUGCCCAGGGCCCAGUUUUUCAAAAGCUAUCUGAUUAAAUGCAAAGAAAUAGAAUAAAAAGAAAGGGCAUAUAAUUUAGUUAAAUGGGGUCGCCUGUUCUAUUCGUUCCAUUUCUAUGCAUUUAAUCCUCUCCGAUUGCGGAAAUCCGAUCAGAUAACUUUUGAAAAACUUGUCCCAGGCUAUGGUUUAUAGCGUGUAGCUUCUGAUAUUGUCCAGUAGAGGUCAGUAUUAGACAACUUUCUGUCAGGGUUGUUUGAUGAGCCGUGUGAGAGAUGUAUGAGCCUGUAAAAACAUGCGAGAGAGAAGAGUUGAUUUAUUAGGGAAAGAGGAUACCUAGUCAGUUGCACAACAGAAUGCAUUCAAUCAAAAUGUGUCUAACACAUUUAACCCAACCCCUCUGAAUCAGAGAGGUGCAGGGGGCUGUCUUAAUCCAGUUCAAUGGCACCGGGGAGCAGUUGUUGGGGGUUAAUGCCUUGCUCAAGGGCAGGACAGCAGAUUUUUCCACCUUGCCGCUCAGGAAUUCAAACAAGCCACCUUUCGGUUACUGGCCCAACACGCUUAACUGCUAGGCUACCUGCCGCACCACUAUUAUAGUGUAGUAUUGUACUAUCAUCAUUACUUUCAUGCGACAGUGCCUUGAUUAUGCGUGACGUAGCAUUUCAUUAUAAUAACACUUUUCUAGGGACAGUAUUGAGAAAAAAUGUGUUCUUUGACAAAUGAACCUGGUGUUACUGAAACUCCUGUUAUUUUUUUAACUCAAUGGCAGUAGAUAAGUGUCUGUCAGCUCUGCCAAACAGGACACCUACCUGGAGACUACAUGUCCACAUAAACCUCCUAUUUUACAAUAUACAUUAUAUCAUGCUUCCUUCUACAGUUAAAUAUGUUUUUAUAACAUUUUUAUGAAUAGUGUUUAUUGUAGUGACGUGUUUAGAGAAAAGUAUAAUUGUAUUAUCAUGAUAUAACAUGAGUUACUCAGUAAUUCCAUUACUUAAUGAAAAUGGUCAAACCUGUGAAAUAGAGCAAUAGGAGGUCAAACUGGUCUGCUUUCUCUGCCACAUCAUUUACUUUAUUAUGGGUCACUCCUUCUCCCCCCCUCUCUCUUUCUCUCUCUCCCCUCCCUUCCCUCUUCUAUCUUGACAUUAUGGCUAGGAGCUAGGAAACAGGCCUGUAAACGUAGUACCUUCCACUCUCUUUAUCAUUGAACUAAACUAAACGCUGCAGCCAACUGUGCUUCUUCCAUUAAUUACGCCAGAGAUACGGGGGGAAACCCUUCGCUCUUCUCAUUCUAUAAGAUUAACCUCGAGGAUGUUGUUUUUACCUGGUCAGACCAGGAUGAGUACAGUGUGCCCGGGGAGUGAGAUUGAUGUGUUUGAAGCAUAUAACAUAUAAGAAUUCACAAUGAAUAGGACUCAGCUUAACGUAACUCUAAACAGAGAAUGAAAAUAGGAGGUAAAUAACUCAGGGUGCAUUUUAAAUGGCACCCUAUUCCCCAUAUUUAUUCACUGCUUUUGACCAGAGCCCAUGAGGUCAUAGGGCUCUGGUCAAAAGUAGUGUGCUAUAUAGGGAAUAGGGUGCCAUUUGGGAUUCAAGCCCAAGUUUCUCAUCUUUCUCACCUCUUUGAGUGCCUUGCAGUAAUCACUGACUCUAAAAUGUCCAGACUUGUUGAGCCAACUUCUAUGGUUCAUAGAAACCUUUAAAAACAUAUGUAACCCCUCAUUCUAUUGUAUUGUUGAUAUGUUUUAUACAACCUAAACUUCAAUAAAGUUUUAAGUCUG